AGUCACUCCUACGUACCUCUUCAAUUAUUUGUUUCCACAUUUCAAUUUCAAUUUCAAUUCCUCUUCCUCCAUCAGAGAAAAUCCAAACUGAAGCAGACCCCUGCGCUCCAGAAGAGCUCGGUCUCUCUCCACUCCAUGGCCACCACAGAGCUAGACGAUUCACGUGCUUCACGGUUGCAGGAUAACCACCACACAACAGAUGACGACGAAGAUUACAGCGUCACAGACAGCUUGGACGACGCGGAGGAGGAGACGGAUGAAGAAGAAGGGAACAACGGAACACACGACGGUGACAAGGCGGUCGGGUGGUGCUGUCGGGGGAAAGGGGUGACUGGAGGGUGCGGUUUCGGCGGGAAGGUGCUGGACCCGAGGGCGAAGUGGGUUCAAGAAUGGAACAGGGUGUUCCUGCUGGUGUGUGCGAUGGGCUUGUUCGUGGACCCACUCUUCUUCUACGCCCUCUCCGUGAGCGACACGUACAUGUGCCUCUUCGUCGACGGAUGGUUCGCCGUCACCGUCAUGGCUCUCCGCUGCAUGACGGACGCCUUGCACCUCUGGAACAUGUGGCUGCAAUUCAAAAUGGGCAAGCGCCACUUCGGAAGUGGCCUGGCCGUCAAUACGAGCCGUCGCUUGGCCGCUCUUCGCUAUCUAAAGGUCAAGACAGGCUUCUUCUUCGACCUCUUCGUCAUACUCCCUCUACCUCAGGCGCGCACACACUCCCUUUUGUUUUCGCAGAUUGUACUAUGGGUUACGAUCCCGUAUCUGUUGGAGAAUGGAUCGGUGACGUUGGCGAUGACGGUGUUCUUAAUAAUGUUUCUGUUUCAAUAUCUUCCAAAGAUAUAUCACUCUGUUUGCCUCUUGCGACGCUUGCAAAACCUCUCCGGCUACAUUUUUGGCACCGUUUGGUGGGGAAUUGCCCUUAACAUGAUCGCCUAUUUUGUCGCCUCCCAUGCAGCAGGAGCAUGCUGGUACUUGCUAGGGAUUCAGAGGGCGGCCAAGUGUCUGAAAGAGCAAUGCGGGAAAACGAGCGGGUGUGGGCUAGGAAUACUGUCUUGCAAGGAACCAAUAUAUUAUGGAACCAAUGGGAUGGUGAGGGACAGAGCAAGACAGUCAUGGGCAGAGAACAGGCAAGCCAGGUCGACGUGCUUGGACAGCUCUGACAACUACGACUAUGGAGCUUAUAAAUGGACCGUUCAGCUCGUCACCAACGACAGCCGACUUGAAAAGAUUCUCUUCCCUAUCUUUUGGGGCCUCAUGACGCUAAGCACUUUCGGGAACCUGGAGAGCACAACAGAAUGGCUAGAAGUGGUUUUCAACAUCAUUGUUUUGACCAGCGGCCUUAUUCUGGUCACCAUGUUGAUUGGAAACAUCAAGGUUUUCUUGCAUGCAACGACAUCAAAAAAGCAAGCGAUGCAACUGAAGAUGAGGAACAUAGAGUGGUGGAUGAGGAAGAGGCACCUUCCUCCUGGGUUUCGGCAGCGCGUGAGGAACUACGAACGGCAGCGAUGGGCGGCGACGCGUGGAGUGGACGAAUUCGAGAUGAUCAGAAAUCUGCCGGAGGGCCUCCGAAGAGACAUCAAGUACCAUCUCUGCUUGGACUUGGUCCGGCAGGUUCCCCUGUUUCAGCACAUGGAUGAACUGGUGCUGGAGAACAUCUGCGACCGCGUGAAGUCACUCAUAUUCACAAAAGGAGAAACAAUAACCAGAGAGGGAGAUCCAGUUCAGAGAAUGCUGUUUGUUGUGAGAGGUCAUCUUCAGAGCAGUCAAGUUCUGAGAGACGGCGUGAAAAGUUACUGCAUGUUAGGGCCAGGGAACUUCAGCGGCGACGAGCUCCUCUCGUGGUGUCUGCGGAGGCCGUUCAUAGAGCGGCUGCCGCCGUCGUCGUCGACGCUGAUCACCCUGGAAACGACGGAGGCGUUUGGGCUCGAAGCGGAGGACGUCAAGUACGUGACGCAGCACUUCAGGUACACGUUCAUGAACGAGAAGGUGAAGAGGAGCGCCAGGUAUUACUCGCCGGGAUGGAGAACUUGGGCAGCCGUUGCCAUUCAGCUCGCGUGGAGGAGGCACAAGCAUCGCCUGACCUUGGCGUCGUUGUCGUUCAUAAGGCCUCGAAGGCCUGUGUCUCGCUGCUCUUCUCUUGGAGAGGACAGACUUCGCCUCUACACUGCCUUGUUGACCUCACCAAAGCCUAAUCAGGAUGAUUUUGACUUUUGAAUCAUCUCCACUUCCCCUAUCAUAUGCGGACGUGUUCGAUGUAAUCCCCCCCCCCCUUAUGCCAACUUUUAAAGCAAUAUUUGGUUGGUAAACAAAAUAUUUUCUAAAAAAUGGGAAAUUAAAGUGAAUUUUUCAAAGAAAAGGCAAUUAGAUA